AUAAUAAUUAUGCCUCGAGGCGUAGCCGCACGAGGGAUACGGUAAAGCUGACUGUGUGUGUGUCUGUCUGUCUGUGUGUGUGUGUGUGUAUUCCAGCUAUAACUGCUCAACGGUUGCAAUGCGACGAAAACUAACAGCUUCUAUAGGCUUCUAGCCACGUUCUCUUGGAUUUUGAUUCGUGGAUUAGCAAACUAAAGCUUCUUUCUCGAGUUAUGGCUAGUUUGACUCACAUUGAAGGCUGUUGCAGUCUCUUCAGAAUCUUUCAUAGCAUCAUCUGUCCGCACAAACUUUCUAUUCAACAUAUGAGUUAGCCUUGCACUAAAGCGCUAGCUUUUUGUUAGCUACAAUACUCAGAAAAUAUCUGUUAAAACAGCUAGCUAGCAGUAGCCAUUUGUGAAAUUGAUCUCUUUGGACACACCCUUUAAUUAUUCCUGUGGAUGUAAUGCGCAUGCGUGCUCAUUCCCCAUGUGUGAUAUCCAAGAUCCAGAUCCAGAUUAUCCUGGCAGAAUCAUCUUUGUCUUGAGGGCCUGGUCUUUUCUUCUUAGAUAUUAUAUACACUGAACUACAGAUCCUGGAAGAAUCAAUUUUCUUCUUUCUUGAGGUCCUGGUAAGCCACAUAAUACAAUAAAUAACAACAAUAGAUGCAUGUAAAUAAGUCUUUUCUUCUCAGUGACUUUAUAUAGAUAAGCUAACUUUAAUAUAAAAUUCAUUAUAGAUAACACUCUAAUACUUUUGAGCGAAAGCAAAAACAUGGCGAGAGGCAUUAGCACAGCGCCAGCUUGAACACUAGUUAUGUCAGUCUUGCGUCGAAGUAUAGCCGCAUUGCUCUAUAAAAGCUGACUCCAGGCAGGUCUUUAGUCUGUGCAGUGCAGGAGUGUGCAGUACUAAUGAAUGAAUCUAGAACUGAAUGAGAAUGAUGAUUUCUUCAGUCUCAAAGAUGCUGGUGAUUGUCAUCUGUAUGCUGGCAUUAAGCUCUACAGGUCAUGCGCAACAAUCUUGUUUGUCCUCGCUCGAUUGCCAUGGUGAUGAGGUUGAUGGAUUCCCUGCCACUUUGUCCGGCUGCUGUGUCCCUGGUGGAGGGUUGUCUUAUAGAGAGGGUUCUCAAUGCUCUAACUGCUACAGUGAGGAAAGUUUCACAACUGAAGGCAACUCUUUCUCCAUUGGUUUCUUCGGCAACUUCAAUCCAGGGUCCAGCUCCAGCAUCAACAAAGUUCGGUUUGCUGUCAACUCUGUAACUAACCAACAAGUCACUGUCUUUGUACAAUCUCCCUUGGAUGAUCGUAAAAUCGAAACAUACUCCACUCCAAUUGAAUUUGGCUUUCCAGCCGACAAAAUUAAUCUCCGGAGCCCCGAAGAGAGAGACAAAGGUGUCUAUAUUUACUCUAAAGAUGGUGAAGCUAUGUCAGUGAUAGCUCUCGCUGAAGAAUUCCAAUCCUCAGAUGCUUUCAAAGUUCUUCCUUGUGUGCAUCACCCUAGCGACGGUUACGAGUAUUAUGCUGUGUCAGUGCCAAUUUCGCAGAUAGAACGGCAAGAUGAUUAUGAAGACGACGAUCCCCAAGCCAGCGAGUUUCUAGACAUUGAAGGAAGAAGUGCGUUGGUGAUUGUAACUACUGAAGAUGAUACUACAUUGCAAAUCACUUUAACUCAAAAUGUUGAUCUAUUUGCUGAUGAUUUAAAGGAUCAAGUCCCUAAAGGGGAGAUAGAAGCUGGUCAGCCAGUAACUAUUAACAUUGCUAAGAGAAUUCAAACUCUAUAUUUAGGAAGUGAUGAAGAUUUGUCAGGUUCAAGAGUCGUCUCCGACAAACCGAUUGCGUUCUUUAGUGGUCACGAGUGUGGAACUGUUCCCAGCAAUAUCAGCUAUUGUGAUCAUAUGAAUGAGCAGAUACCACCCACUGCUACCUGGGGCAAGCAAUUCAUCACUGCUCCUCUGGCUAACAGGAGGUCUGGUGACACUUUCAAAAUUGUAGCCUCGAGGGAUAAUACGAAUGUUCAAAUUGGAUGCACUAACGACGAAUCAAUGUCUAUUUCUCUAGACAAGGGAGAGAUGAGUCAGUUUGUUAUAUCUUCCGACAGUUCAUGCUAUUUUAUGUCGAGUCAACCGAUUCUACUCGUUCAGUUUUCUAUGUCAAGUACUUUAGAUGGCGUGUUUCUUAGUGAUCCGUUCAUGAUUGUCGUGCCCCCUGUGGAGCAGUAUCGCAGUCGCUACAACACCCACUCGUUUAGAAGUUCUGUCGGUACUAAAGAUCAGAUUGGGUCUUACUUUUUGAAUAUUUUAUUUCCAGUUGAUACAUUACCAUCUGGAAUUCGUCUUAACGAUAUGGAAAUUUCAAGCGGCGAAAUAACGUCAAUUCCAUGUCCUGAUAGUGAAGAAAUCUGUGCUUACUCGAUAUUUGUUGAAGGUGUUAGCGACUCUCCGAUACUACGCCACGUUGACAACAUGAGUAUCAAUGCGAUUGUGUACUGGUACGAAUUUAGAGUGGGCUACGGUUACUUCGCAGGAAUGACCCAAAGGCCUAUUGCAUUGCCAGCUGUUUCUUUAACAUCCAGUAUGUUCACUGCAUUCGAGAAUAAUAGCUCCGUAAACGUGACCGUAAUGAGGGAGGGGGAUCUGGAUUCGGAAAUUGUUGUCAAACUAAAAACAUCUCAGCUGGUUGAAGAUAAUGCUGCUAUUGCCGGUGUUGACUUUGUGCAUACUGAAGAGAAUGUGACAUUUGCACGAGGUGUAGAUCAAGCCCAGAUAACUAUCCCACUGAUCAACGAUGUCUUCCCUGAGGCAACGGAAUCAUUUCAAGUGUUCCUGUCUGCCUCCCCCGGAGUGUACAUUCAGUCUCCGGCAGUUGCUACCGUGAUGAUCAAUGAUCGAGACCCUGAUUUGCCUGUAAUGAAUGUGAGUUUCUCUGCGGUGUCACUGAAUGAGGUGGAGGGGGGAGUGGUCAGGUUCACGCUUGACAAGACUCAAGGGGCAGUGGGUGACGUCAGUGUCAGACUCUUCACUAUUGAUGACUCGGCAAUUGCUGGUAGGGACUAUCAGAGCAUUGAUGAAGUGAUUACCUUUGCCAUUGAGGAGCUGCAGUACGAGGGAACACUGCUCAUUAUGAAUGAUGAAGUUGUGGAGAAUGUGGAGCAGUUAAGUCUUCGGAUUGAGGCCCUAGAUGGAAUGUUUCCUGUGAAUGUAAUAGACGCAGCUGCCAUGGUUACUAUCACUGAUGAUGAUGUUGCUGUGUUCAGUUUCCUACAAGCAACAUACUCCACAAACGAGUCAGAUUCUGUUGUACAAGUGUCGUUGGAGUAUGGUGUCCUCGACAGAACUGUUGAAUUGCAGCUGAUAAGCCAGAGUGGAUCUGCAAUAGAGAAUAUAGACUAUAUUGGCAUCAAUCAGAGAGUCGUGUUCAGUCCCGAUGGUCCCUCGUCGGUACCAAUAAUGAUAAUGAUCAUUCCCGAUGGUCUAGUUGAGAGAGACGAGACAUUUUCUAUCGGCUUGACAACCUCCCAACAAGACCCUGCCAGUGGGAAUAUUGUCAUUGGAAGAGACGUGGCUCAGAUCACCAUCAAUGACUUAGAUACUGCUGUGAUUGUGCUUGAAGAUGUGAGGAGUGUUAUUCGGGAGGGAGGAGGCAGUGCUCGGUUCAAUAUCAGACUGCUCUCUGGUGAACUAGGGAUACCAGUGGAUCUAGUGUACUCUACAUACAACAUCAACGCCACAGGUGGAGACUCAAAUUUGGAGGACUAUGUGGCUGCUUUAAAUGAGCCGGUUACACUUUCGUCACUAUCACCAAUCUUUGAAGGACUCAUUGUAGUUAAUGACGAUGGAGUGUUUGAGGGAGAAAUAAACGAGAGGUUUGGAGUGCAGCUGUCUCUGUUGUCUGGAGUUCCUGACAGAGUCACCAUCGAAACUUCUACUAUUGAGUUUCAGAUUGAAGACAAUGAUUCAAGACAGGUUGCUCGAGUUGGAUUUUCCCAGAGUAGCUUCACCACGGUGGAGGAGGCUGGAACAGCUGUUCUUGUUGUCAAUAGCAAUGGCGCUAACCCCGACCCAGUCAUUGUCGGUUACACUGUUGAUGAAAGGAACACACAAGAUGGCAAUGAUGUUACUGGUACGAGUGGUUCCCUAAUGCUGUUCCCUGGAGUUUGGAGUGUACCUCUAACAAUCGAGCUCACACAAGAUACCACACCAGAAUCAUCCGAACUAUUCAACGUCACACUCACAGCUGGAGAUGAUGUUUUCCUGGAAAUAAGCACUGCCACUGUCACCUUACUAGACACAGAUGCACCCAACUGUGGUCCCCUCCCCUCGCCCUCUAAUGGCAAUGUGGCCACACCUUCUGGUACCACAGUCGGUAAUCUGGCUUCCUAUUCGUGUGACGAUGGACUGCUUUUGACCGGCUCUCCUGCUCGUGUCUGUGGGAAUGAUCGACUAUGGACCCCAGAGGCACCGACUUGUGAAGUUCCAACUUGUGGGCAACUGUCUAGGCCUGUCAAUGGAGCUCUGUCUCUGUCCAGUGGUGUCAGUGAAGGAAGUGUGGCAACGUACACCUGUGACAUAGGGUUCACUCUGACCGGAUCAACCACUCGUACCUGUACCAGUGAUGGAGGGUGGACUCCAGCAGCACCCGUCUGUCUCACAAUAAUUGACUGUGGUCCUCUCUUCUCACCCCUCAAUGGCAAUGUGGCCACACCCUCUGGCACCACAGUCGGUAAUGUGGUCCUCUACUCGUGUGAUGAGGGACUGGUUUUGACCGGCUCUAUUGCUCGUGUGUGUGGGAAUGAUGGACUCUGGACCCCAGAGGCACCGACAUGUGAAGUUUCAACUUGUGGGCAACUGUCUAGCCCUAUCAAUGGAGCUCUGUCUCUGUCCAGUGGUGUCAGUGAAGGAAGUGUGGCAACGUACACCUGUGACACAGGGUUCAAUCUGACAGGAUCUGCCACUCGUACCUGUACCAGUGAUAGAGGAUGGACUCCAGCAGCACCUGUCUGUUUGAGAAUAAUUGACUGUGGUCCUCUCUCCUCACCCCUCAAUGGUGAUGUGGCCACACCCUCUGGUACCACAGUCGGUAAUGUGGCCCUCUACUCGUGUGAUGAGGGACUGGUUUUGACCGGCUCUAUUGCUCGUGUGUGUGGGAAUGAUGGACUCUGGACCCCAGAGGCACCGACAUGUGAAGUUUCAACUUGUGGGCAACUGUCUAGCCCUAUCAAUGGAGUUCUGUCUCUGUCCAGUGGUGUCAGUGAAGGAAGUGUGGCAACGUACACCUGUGACACAGGGUUCAAUCUGACAGGAUCUGCCACUCGUACCUGUACCAGUGAUAGAGGAUGGACUCCAGCAGCACCUGUCUGUUUGAGAAUAAUUGACUGUGGUCCUCUCUCCUCACCCCUCAAUGGUGAUGUGGCCACACCCUCUGGCACCACAGUCGGUAAUGUGGCCCUCUACUCGUGUGAUGAGGGACUGGUUUUGACCGGCUCUAUUGCUCGUGUGUGUGGGAAUGAUGGACUCUGGACCCCAGAGGCACCGACAUGUGAAGUUUCAACUUGUGGGCAACUGUCUAGCCCUGUCAAUGGAGCUCUGUCUCUGUCCAGUGGUGUCAGUGAAGGAAGUGUAGCAACAUACACCUGUGACAUAGGGUUCAAUCUGACAGGAUCUGCCACUCGUACCUGUACCAGUGAUAGAGGAUGGACUCCAGCAGCACCCGUCUGUUUGAGAAUAAUUGACUGUGGUCCUCUCUCCUCGCCCCUCAAUGGUGAUGUGGCCACACCCUCUGGCACCACAGUCGGUAAUGUGGCCCUCUACUCAUGUGAUGAGGGACUGGUUUUGACUGGCUCUAUUGCUCGUGUGUGUGGGAAUGAUGGACUCUGGACCCCAGAGGCACCGACAUGUGAAGUUCCAACUUGUGGGCAACUGUCUAGCCCUGUCAAUGGAGCUCUGUCUCUGUCCAGUGGUGUCAGUGAAGGAAGUGUGGCAACGUACACCUGUGACACAGGGUUCACUCUGACUGGAUCUGCCACUCGUACCUGUACUAGUGAUGGAGAAUGGACUCCAGCAGCACCUGUCUGUCUCACAAUAAUCGACUGUGGUUCCCUCCCCUCGCCCUCCAAUGGCAAUGUGGCCACACCCUCUGGCACCACAGCCGGUAAUGUGGCUUCUUACUCGUGUGCCGAGGGGCUAGUUUUGAUUGGCUCUACUGUUCGAUCCUGUGGAAAUAACGGACUAUGGGCCCCGGACAUGCCAACUUGUGAAGUUCCAACUUGUGGGCAACUGUCUAGCCCUGUCAAUGGAGCUCUGUCUCUGUCCAGUGGUGUCAAUGAAGGAAGUGUGGCAACGUACACCUGUGACACAGGGUUCAGUCUGACUGGAUCAGCCACUCGUACCUGUACCAGUGAUGGAGGGUGGACUCCAGCAGCACCCGUCUGUCUCACAAUAAUUGACUGUGGUCCCCUCCCAUCAACCCCCAAUGGCAAUGUGGUCACACCCUCUGGCACCACAGUCGGUAAUGUGGCGCUCUACUCGUGUGACGAGGGGCUAGUUUUGAUUGGCUCUACUGUUAGAUCCUGUGGCAAUAACGGACUAUGGGCCCCGGACAUGCCGACUUGUGAAGUUCCAACUUGUGGGCAACUGUCUAGCCCUGUCAAUGGAGCUCUGUCUCUGUCCAGUGGUGUCAAUGAAGGAAGUGUGGCAACGUACACCUGUGACACAGGGUUCAAUCUGACAGGAUCUGCCACUCGUACCUGUACCAGUGAUGGAGGGUGGACUCCAGCAGCACCCGUCUGUUUGAGAAUAAUCGAUUGUGGUCCUCUCUCCUCGUCCUCCAAUGGCAAUGUGACCACACCCUCUGGUACCACAGUCGGUAACGUGGCCCUCUACUUGUGUGAUGAGGGACUGGUUUUGACCGGCCCUCCUGCUCGUGUCUGUGGGAAUAUAGGACUCUGGACCCCAGAGGCACCGACAUGUGAAGUUUCAACUUGUGGGCAACUGUCUAGGCCCGUCAAUGGAGCUCUGUCUCUGUCCAGUGGUGUCAGUGAAGGAAGUGUGGCAACGUACACCUGUGACACAGGGUUCAAUCUGACUGGAUCAACCACUCGUACCUGCACCAGUGAUGGAGGGUGGACUCCAGCAGCACCAGUCUGUCUCAGAAUAAUUGACUGUGGUCCCCUCCCAUCAACCCCCAAUGGCAAUGUGGCCACACCUUCUGGCACCACAGCGGGUAAUGUGGCGCUCUACUCGUGUGACGAGGGGCUAGUUUUGAUUGGCUCUACUGUUAGAUCCUGCGACAAUAACGGACUAUGGGUCCCGGACACGCCAACUUGUGAAGUUCCAACGUGUGGGCAACUGUCUAGCCUUGUCAAUGGAGCUCUGUCUUUGUCCAGUGGUGUCAGUGAAGGAAGUGUGGCAACGUACACCUGUGACACAGGGUUCAAUCUGACAGGAUCAGCCACUCGUACCUGUACCAGUAAUGGAGGGUGGACUCCAGCAGCACCCGUCUGUUUGAGAAUAAUCGACUGUGGUGGCCUCCCAUCACCCCUCAAUGGAAAUGUGGCCACACCCUCUGGUACCACAAUCGGUAACGUGGGCCUCUACUCGUGUGACGAGGGGCUGGUUUUGACCGGCUCAACUACUCGGGUUUGUGGGAAUAACGGACUGUGGACUCCUGACGCACCAACCUGUGAAGAAGCUCUUGUAGUGCCACCACCUUCUUCACCAGGGAAUUUGCGAUCAGUUGAAGUUGGCACAACUAGCAUUGAGCUACUAUGGACACAAGAUGAAGUAGUCACAGGCUACAUACUCGACAUCACUUACAAUGGACCAUGUACACCUAACAGUCAGACAAUGUUUUUAGAUGGUUCACUGCGCUCGUAUACUAUCACUGGUCUGGAAGAGGGGAGUUCUUACACUAUCGAGUUGUCUGCUCUGAAUGGUGCUGGAAGGAGUGAAGGAAGUCAACUACAGACAUUUACUGUUGGAACUGCUCCCAGCAGGCCCCCACAGUCCCUCAGGCCAACAACAAUCGACACCAAUCUGAUUGCUCUGAGGUGGGACGAAGUGAAUUGCUUGGAAAGAAAUAAUUUAGGGCCGCUCCAAUAUUUUGUCGAGUAUUCUCGAUUGGAAGGUACUACCAGUACCAUCAUCACAUCUGGACGAAAUGUUACUAUCAGGAAUCUAGAACCAGGCACAAUGUACACAUUCCGGGUGGCUGGAGAGAAUGAUGCUGGAAGAGGACCUUUUGCUUCACUAUCACACUCCACUCUAUCUGAACCUACCGUUACAACAGAAUGUCCGACUGUCACAGAAUGUCCCACAACGACAGAGUGUCCAAUUGUUACUUGCCCCACAACCACAGAGUGUCCGGUUGUUACUUGCCCCCCAACCACACAGUGUCCCACAGCAACAGAGUGUCCGAUUGUUACCUGCCCCACAACCACAGAACGUCCCACAAUGACAGAAUGUCCGGUUGUUACUUGCCCCCCAACCACACAGUGUCCCACAGCGACAGAGUGUCCGAUUGUUACCUGCCCCACAACCACAGAACGUCCCACAAUGACAGAGUGUCCGAUUGUUACUUGCCCCCCAACCACAGAGUGUCCAACUUGUGCUACAGGCACCCUUAACUGCACUACGGGAGAUUUGCGGCUUGUGGAUGGUGAAAAUGAGCUGGAAGGUCGCGUGGAGAUAUGCUUUCGUGGAGAGUGGGGAACAGUUUGUGAUGACUUGUGGGGCAUUAAUGACGCUACAGUUGUGUGCAGACAGUUGGGUCACUCUGAUCAAGGUGCUGAAGCAUUUCGUUCUGCCUUUUUUGGAGAGGGGGAGGGACCCAUCCUACUGGAUAAUGUGCUUUGCAAUGGGAAUGAGGAGAGACUAGAGAGCUGCGAUCAUAACGGAUACGAGAUCAGCAACUGUGACCAUGGUGAAGAUGCUGGAGUGAGGUGUAUGGCCGCAGGGACAGUUAUUGACUGUGGUAUCCUCUCGCCACCCCCCAAUGGCAGUGUGAUCACACCCUUUGGUACCACAGCUGGUGACGUGGCCCUCUAUUCGUGUGUAAAUGGACUGGUUUUGACCGGCUCUACUGCUCGGGUCUGCAGGAACGACGGAGAGUGGAUCCCACGCACACCCACUUGCGAAGAAGCUCUUGUAGUGCCACCACCUUCUUCACCAGGGAAUUUGCAAUCAGUUGAAGUUGGUACAACUAGCAUCGAGUUGCUGUGGACGCAAGAUGAAGUAGUCACAGGCUACAUACUCGAUAUCACUUACAAUGGACCAUGUACACCUAACAGUCAGAUGAUGUUUUUUAAUGGUUCACUGCGCUCGUAUACUAUCACUGGUCUGGAAGAGGGGAGUUCUUACACUAUCGAGUUGUCUGCUCUGAAUGGUGCUGGAAGGAGUGAGGGAAGUCAACUACAGGAAAUUACUGUUGGAACUGCUCCCAGCGGCCCCCCACAGUCAGUCAGGCCAACAACAAUCGACACCAAUGUGAUUGCUCUGAGGUGGGACAAAGUUGAUUGCUUAGAACGAAAUAGUUUGGGGCCGCUCCAAUAUUUUGUCGAGUAUUCUCAAUUGGGAGGAGCUACCAGUACCAUCAUCACAUUUAGACAAAAUGUCACUAUCAGGAAUCUAGAGCCAGGCACCAUGUACACAUUUCGAGUCGCUGGAGAGAAUGAUGCCGGAAGAGGACCUUUUGCUUCACUAUCACACUCCACUCUAUCUGAGCCUCCCAUUACAACCGAUUGUCCGACUGUCACAGAGUGUCCCACAACCACAGAGUGUCCAGUUGUUACUUGCCCCCCAACCACAGAGUGUCCAGUUGUUACUUGCCCCCCAACGACAGAGUGUCCCACAACCAUGGAGUGUCCGAUUGUAACUACCCCCUUUGUCACAGAAUGCCCAGUUAUUACGUGCCCCCCAACGACAGAAUGUCCAACUGCUGUUACAAAUACCCCCUCUCCAAUCUGCAUUACGGGAGAUUUGCGGAUUGUGAAUGGUGAAAAUGAGCUGGAAGGUCGUGUGGAGGUAUGCUUUAAUGGAGUGUGGGGGACGGUUUGUGAUGACUCUUGGGAUGCUCCUGAUGCUACAGUUGUGUGCAGACAGUUGGGUCACUCUGUUGAAGGUGCCGAACCAUUUAGCCGAGCCAGGUUCGGAGAGGGGGAGGGGCCUAUCCUACUGGAUGAUGUGAUUUGCAUCGGGAAUGAGGAGAGACUGGAGAACUGUCCUAGUAGCGGGUUUGGCGUUAGCAACUGUGCUCAUGGUGAAGAUGCUGGAGUGAGAUGUAUGUCAGCCGCACCGAGAGUUGUCUGUCCAGCACUGGAGGCUCCCAUCAACAGUUUUGUUUUCUACGACCCACUUAUCCUGGAUGAAUCUAUCUUUGAAGGAACUCAAGCUGUUUACGGCUGCGAUUCUGGGCAUACUCUAGUCGGAGAAAGAUUCCGAGUGUGUCAAAGGGACGGUACUUUUAGUGGGGAGCCUCCCAGCUGUGAACCGAUUGAAUGCCCUCCCCUCCAACCAAUUGAUAACGGAUUCAUCACGUACAGUCCCGACAAUACAGCUGAUUAUGAUAUUGGAACUCUGGCCACUUACACUUGCGAUGAAGGGUUUACGUUUUCUUCAGCUUUUACAAUUCAGCUAAGGAAUUGCAAUGACGAUGAUGGGAUGGAUGCUAUAGGAGUGUGGGGUGGUUCUGCACCAACCUGUGUCCCUCUUCAAUGUCCUCCCCUCCGACCAAUUGAUAACGGAAUAUUGUCGUACAGUCCCGAUAAUACACCUGAUUAUAAUGAGGGGACCGUGGUGACUUAUACUUGCAACGCUGGGUUUGUUCUCGACCUGACCACAGGAGGAUCUGAGACGAGGACUUGUGUGAUCCGUGAAGACAAUGUUGCAUGGGAUAGCCAAGAACCUCGCUGUGUCCGAGUGGAGAUCUCUUUCAGCAUGGCUAUAUUCGAGUUUGCUGAAAAUGACAUGCAAGGAUUUGUGGAGUAUGUUACCAACAGGCCAUCCCCACAAAGCUUCGAUUUCAUUCUGAAUGGAGUUACUGGAAGUCGAGAGUUCGUAGUUCCGUCGGCUGUUGUCAGUGAAUUGUUCUCGUUCGCGUUCACGUUUACAUUCUCUGCUGACCAGAGCUCCUUCCGAGUACCGUUCGAUAUCAUUGAUGAUGUAAUUGGUCUAGAGGCUCCGGAGAUCUACAUGGGAAAUAUCUCCCUCUCUCCUCAAGCAGAAAUGGCUGGAUACACUUUGGGGGCUCUGACUCAAGCCACUGUACAAGUGGUGGAUGACGAUGCUGUGUUUCUGAGUGCUGGGCAACGAGAGUAUAGAGUGACAGAAGCUGAGGGAUUUGUACAGCUCUCAUAUGCACUAGACCGAGAAGCAGCGAGAGAUGUGUCAUUUGAUGUCAUCAACAUUGACGGCACAGCCACAGGUGGCGGUGUUGACUAUACCUCCAUUGGAUACUCUCUCGUCAUCCCUGCUGGCCAAACUCGUGUGACUAGAUCAGUUGCUAUAAACAUGGAUAAUUUGGUUGAAUCUGAUGAGGUCUUUACAAACAGGAUCAACCGUAUCAACACAGCUGGUGUAUCAGCAGGUCCUGCCGAGGCCACGAUCACCGUUGUCUCUAGUCAAGCACCCAGAUGCAGUGAUGGCCAGCUAAGAGUGGUGGAUGGAGUUAGCACGCCAAGUCUCCUCCAGGGUCGAGUGGAAGUGUGUAUGGACGGUGUCUGGGGUACUAUAUGUGAUGACCUGUGGGAUGAUGAUGAUGCUACUGUGGUCUGCCGGCAGCUGGGGCUCUCUGAUAUUGGUGCUGCUGCAUUUUUCCUUGAAGACGGUGUCACUCCUGGCCCGGAAUCUUCCCCCAUCUACUAUGACAACGUUGAGUGUCGUGGUACUGAGAUAGUCCUGGCCGAUUGUGUGUUCGAUACUGAUACAACUCAGUGUAACCAUAGCGAGGAUGCUGGUGUGAGCUGUGAGAGGCUAGUAUUGCCUACACCUGACACAAAAUAGCGGCGUACACCACAUUAUCAUACUGAACUUUAUAUAGCUAGGUACUUAUACUUCUGCAAUUGUAGCUAAUUAUGUGUGUUGUGUGAAUUUACCCAAUCCUUUAUUCUUGAAUCAUACAUAUAAUCGUCAAAAUUAUUCUUUCA